CCAGGCUGGCCUCGGCGCCGCGCGGCGGCUCCUCCGCGACGCCCUGGAGGCGGCCGAGGACGCCCUGGGGUCCGCGGGCGAGAAGGUGCGGCACAUGAGGCGGCAGCUGGACGAGGAGUGGUCCAGCCUCGAGGCGGGCCGGGAGGAGCUCGCCGCUGCGAGGGCGCGGGUGCGGGAGCAGCUCGGGGAGGCGGGGAGAACCCUCGCGGACCUCGAGGAUAGGGAGAGGGAACGCAUCCCCAUCUCUCUUCAUUUCCCCCCGCACGAGAAGAGCAUCAGGCUCGCGGAAAAAGUAAAGACGAGCAUGACAUUGAACAGUAGGGGUUCGCUUUGGCAUGCAGUACGUACGCACGAAGGGUUUAGUGCAAGUUUGUCCGAUGUAUACGAUUGACGAUUGCUGUUCCCUCCUGGCAUACAUCGUUGCUAUAUGAUUUCCGGUGGCCUUUUUUCACAUGCAUUGCCUUGAAGUAUCGAACGCAGUUGUCGCAUGAUGGAUUGCGCGAGAAUGUCGGCUUGCAAACGAUGGAUUGCAGAUCAUGUGGGUUUAUCUACCGGAUUUCGGACUGGAUGCAUUUCGUUUGCUCUUUUCCAGCGCUUGUUGGAAUAAUAUUCCGUAUUUGGCCGAGCGUUCGCGGGACUAUGAAGGUGUGUUCAACACGAAGGGCAAAGACGAAGACCGA